AUGUCCAUCUUAAGCGCGCUCGAAUUGCCUCACACCCACCACGUCAGCGUCAACGAAGUCGCGAAGGACACCGGCGACAUACGGGCUGCACACUGCACAUUUCACUACAUCGACGGCACCGGAAGUACUCUCCCCAUGGGCCUGGAGGCUUGGGUGACCGGUGCUAUUGGCAACACCUCUUCAAGCCUCGAUACCAUGCUGCGAGAUCAGCAGACCAAGUUUGGCGAUGCGUGCAUCGUCUGUGCAAUCGCAGAUGGGAGCAUGGGACAGGGAAGCCUGACGCUCCGCUGGAACCUACGAACCCCUUCAUCGGAUUGUUUCCGGGCAGGUGAUGCUCCCAGUGCGAUCCUCGACUGCGAUUGCGGCACUCACGCGGACGGUCAUCGUCUAGAAAUCAAGUCGGGCAAUUUCAAGAUUGCCGACCCUCUGCCACCCGUCUCGGCUUACAAGAUCACCGCUAUCAGACCGAAGAAGACUGGAGGUCAGCCGUUCGACACCUUCGUAUCUUCCCUUCUACUCACCCGAGACGAAGAUGACGGGUGGGAGGCGCUCUUUGAGGGCUCCAUCAACGACCUUCCAUCCGCAACCACAAGCUGCAUCGUCGAUCUGCUCCACAGGUACCCAGUGGCGUAUCGCGACAUCUACAAGCCAAGGACGAGCCUCGAGUCGGCCACCCCGUCACGUAAUGGGUCGACAUCAUCGCCCAGCUCUACCGAGUCAAAGGCAAAUGUGGUGAUGGCAGAUCGAGGGAAGGUGAGACAGAGUCUGCAGACGCUCGCCCUUCCCAGCUCACUCGGCCGCCGGGAUGGACUCUGCUCGCCCCGUUACCAGGACAGUACUUUCAAGGAUCUGCUCGCGGGCGGCAAAGGCCCGGGGACGUACGGCGAUAUUUGGGUGGCGAGUCUGGAGACUCUGACUGUGGCAGAUCUGGUGACUGUGGCAGACCUACUCAAUACAAGGACUUCCCCUUUGUGUAGCCUCUUGAACGAAGACGAUUUGGGGGGACCAGCUGGGGUCACAAGCGCCAAGCGGAGUUUACGCGAUCGCACAGGUACCCUCGUCUCCCUGGGGCGCGAGCUAUCCUUUGUUAUCUCUUAUUUGACUCAAGCGCAGUUCUGGCUAGCAGGCGCCUUCGGAAGAAGGCAAGCACGUCAAUUCAGCUCCGUCUUGACCCGGCCGGCCUUCGUCGAAGGCAAGCACAGGGUGACUAGGAAGGCGCAGGCUGUGGAGCACGUCAUAUAUGACAUAUCUAAGCACAGCCAGGCUCGCCGUCCUUCUGCUUUCCCCCUCGUAUCCCAGCACACAACACACAAUGUCCGAAUUCCGACUACCAUGCCUCGACAAUGUCUCUGCUGUCCACGUUUUCGACGUCGACCAGCCUGCUAUGGACGCGGACGUCCUGGCCGACAUAUGCACGUUCUACAAGAUCGACGACGAGGGGAAACAUCCCAUGAACCUGACAGCGUGGGUCACUGGCGUCCCCGGAAGCACAGCCUCAGGCCUCCAAGCCAUGCUGAACGCGGAUCAACAGACCGGUUUCAGAGAAGAGGGAUGCCUCCUCUGCUCCCUCGACUGCGGUACCUACCGUUGGGAUCUUCGGUCGCAGCUGGAGAGUUUCCAACCAGCUCCAGGCGCAGAGCUCAGAUCUACCAUCAAUCCAUGCAACACUCACGGCGUCGACCACCACCUUUUCUGGCGAAGAGGAUCGUACCGUUUGAACAACCAUCUCCCGCCCGUUCCCGCUGCCACAAUGACAACCGGGAAACUGGUGUCCCUGAAUUGGCGACAGGGCGUCUGCAAGGUGAUCACUACCCUCGUCCUGAGCCGACUGCCGGGCGAUCUUGA